AUGGAAUUGUUCCAUGCUUGCGGAACUUUCGGGAGAAUAAAUCCCUUGUUCCUCGACGAUAUCCCUUUGAGUUUGUCAUAAUAACUCUGCCAAAGUAACACAUACAUUUUCAUUAAAUUUUUUACUUGAAAUAGUUAUACAAAUAAUAAUUGAAAUUAAGGUUAUGUUAACUAAAGAUUACAAUACUUUCGUAUACAAAAUUUUAUAACAACACAGACAACAAAAAUAUUAAAGAAAUAAAAUAAUUAGAUUUUAAGAAGUAAAAUAAUUAGAUGAAAAAAUUUUUAUUAAAAUAUAAAAUAAAAUUUAACAUAUGCACGCAUAGUACAACGUGCAUGCAUCUGCCAACGAAAACAAUUUUAAACUGAAUUUCAAAUUUUUUGUUAUAACAAAAAGAUGAAGCACUAAUUAUCAAAAAUUUUAUCAUUUGAAAGAUGAAACAUGAAGCAAAUAUCAUAAAACUAUCUAAAAUUCUUUAUAAAUAAAUUGUUAUACUUACAACAGACAAGUGUAAUCACUCACGACCGUUGAAAAGAGAAUAUAAGAUCGGCGAUUCUAUAGUUAUUAUGUAAAAAAUCGAUAACAAUCGACCCAUAGAUAAUUUCGAUACUUAUUUCUUUCUUUCAUCAUUCAUAUUCUUAUUUUUAUUGUGUAUUUUAUAUAAUAAUAAUUAACUCAUAUAAGUUUUAUUUAUUAGUUUUUAUUAGUUUUUUAACAAUUUAUCGUAAACACAAGCUUUAAGACCAAUACAUUUAAUAGGAUUUUUUAGACAAAAUAUACCAUAUACAUUUAAUAAUUACACCAAAGUACUCGGUACAAUUCCAAAAAUAUUUAUAGUAAUUUAGAAAAUGGUAUAAGAAUUUCUUAUUCUUUAAACUGGCUAGGAAUUUUAAAUUAAUUAAAUAACUAAGAAUUUUACUAGAUGGACAUCCACUACCAAACGAGUCAUCUCUCUAUUAUAUAUUUAAUCAUAAUACCGCUGCAUGACAGUUGUUUUCUGAAAAUUGUUGACUAAACGUAUUUUGCAACUAAACGUUAUUAUUUAUUAAAUAAAUUAAUACUUUAAAUAGUAAAUAAUAUUUUAUAAUUAUAGUUGAAUAAUAUUCAAUGAUGGUAUGCAUUUUAUAUAAUUUUUUUUUUUAUUAAAUGUAGUAAUAAUAAAAAUGUAGUAGAACGGUUUAAUGUAAAAUUUUAAAUAACAAUUAAAAAUUUCAAAUAUUUUUCAGUUUCGGAAUCAAUACGAUAGUGAUGUUACAGUUUGGAGUCCACAAGGACGUUUACAUCAAGUAGAAUAUGCAAUGGAAGCUGUAAAAUUAGGAUCAGCCACUGUAGGAUUAAAAAAUAAAACUCAUGCGGUUCUUAUUGCUCUGAAAAGAGCUUCUUCCGAGUUAUCUGCUCACCAAAAGAAAAUAUUCCCCAUAGAUAAACAUAUGGGAAUUUCUAUUUCAGGUUUAACAGCCGACGCUAGGAUGCUAAGUCGAUAUAUGCGAACUGAAUGUUUGAAUUACAAAUAUUCUCACGAUGAUUUAUUACCUGUUAGUCGUUUACUUGCAUCUCUGGGAAAUAAAUUGCAAACAUGUACUCAAAGAUACGACAGAAGACCAUACGGUGUAGGUUUACUUAUUGCUGGGUAUGAUGAUCAAGGACCACAUAUUUAUCAAACAUGUCCUUCAUCAAAUUAUUUUGAUUGUAAAGCAAUGGCUAUCGGUGCACGUUCUCAGAGUGCUCGUACAUAUUUGGAGAAACACCUUAAUGAUCUUUUAACGUGUAAUCUCGAUGAACUGAUAAAACAUGGUCUUCGUGCAUUAAGAGAUACAUUACCAAAUGAAGUUGAUUUAUCAGUGAAGAAUGUCUCUAUCGCAGUAGUAGGAAAAAGUACAGAUUUCAAAAUAUUUGAUGAAGAUGCAAUUUCUGUAUAUCUAUCUCAAAUUGAAGAUGACAAACGUAGUAAACCUACCGAACCAGAUGUAGAACAAGAUUCCAAACCUCCACAACCUCCACCUUCUGACGAGGGUGCACAAGAACCACAAGUUGCAAUGGAUACAGAUUAA